AGGAAGGAUAACGACAAGACUCCGCAGCGCCUUUUUUCUGCUCUUCGCUACGCGAACGCACCGACGUACUUCCCCGCUGAAAAAGCAUCGACUACAGCAGGAUAGCCAUGAAGUCUGAGACGGUCAUUCCCGAUCAGUCCGCUGCGCCGCCGCCGCCGCCGCGCCCGUGGUACCAGAUGAGCGCCGCUGAAUUCUACGUCUACGUGGUGGCCUUCCUGUGCGGCAUCUCCAUGCUGAUGCCGAUCAACGCCGUCUUCUCUGCACCGUCGUACAUGUUGACGUACUACCGCUUUGCCACUAAAGACCCAGAUUUUGUGCCGGCCAUGACAAACUUCUGGUCUAAUGUGCUGACCUACUAUAACCUGAUCGGCCUGGUCACGUGCUUGGUGAUGGAGCCGCUGACGCUGCUGAAGGGCUUCCGCCGUAUCCCGAUGCUGGUGCGUCUGCUUGGCGGCUUAUGCAUUCUUAUUCUCGAGAUUAUCGUGCUGAUGGCGGUUCCGGCUCGCGGCACGAACGAAGGCGGUGCGGUGGCUACGAUCUGCAUGGCCGGCUUCAUUGGCGGCUUCGGCAAGAGUAUCUUCGAGUCCACGGUCUACGGCAUGUUCAGCGCCUUCCCUCCCAGCUUCAUGGCGCUGUCGUGCCGGAGCUCACCGGCGAGGCUGCCCGCGUCCACCUUGCUCUUGACACCACCCAGGUCACCAAAGUGCAGACGAGCAAAGCUGUUGAAGCGGAGCAUGACGAGGGCCACAAAGGUCGUCGCCUGA